GGAGCUGCACAACCACUAGCGCAGCUUGGCACAACUCGCCCCCGAAUUCCUCUUCUCUUCUCUUCUUCUUCCUGCCCGCUACCUCCCCUGCGUCCUGCUAGUAGCCCUUCUGCCUCCCGGUUUGCCCUGCUCGCCGUUUUCCUCUUUCUUCCGCCCUGUCCCUCCACCUGUCAUCUUCCCUUCUUGCGUCUUGUCUUUCGUCAUCUGCCUCUGCCUUGAUUAUAUACCUCCUUAUUGACCGCGCGCUGUCUGGUAACCAAAGCAAGCUCUGCGCACUCUGCUACCCUGAGUGCGGCCCCUUCUUUGGGCAUCCUUUUGUCUUUUUUCUUAUCCUUAAAAGGCCAUCUACUUUUUCUUUUUUUCUUCCCUGUUUAUUAUUCAUUCAUCUAUUUCACCCGACUUCCUAGUCUGCUAGACCGUUGCCUGGCGCGCACCACCAACGGCCUUGUCGCGUGUCCUCAGCCGGAGAAAUUGCUCCAACAACUCGUACUACCACUGCCGUGUGAACUGUCAGUCCGUGAAACCUCGCAGAGGAUUCACGUUGCACGACGCCUUGCGCUUGGGAUUGACAUCACUGUCGCAACCCGUUUCGCACUCCGCUUCUGCAGUGUCCUGUCGGGGUUUACACUUUCGAGUCGCAACCCCAACAGACCCUCCAAACAGCCAUGUCGCAUACCCAACCGUCACCCACAGCCGUCGUGGCCCACCAUGGCCACCUCGCUGCCCAUCCCCAGGUCAACGGCCAUCUGCCUUUGCAGCCUCAAGCCCAGAAGGCACCCGUUCUGACCACUGCCCAAAAAAUUGCUGCGCUCAACGAACAAGUCUGGCUCCAGAUCGGGAGUCUGACCGAAUUGAUGGGCGAUCUCGACGGUGCUAUGAAUGCUUAUGAGCAAGCUCUGAGACACAACCAAUGGUCUAUUCCCGCAAUGAAUGCUAUAUCUUGCAUUUUGCGCACCAAGGAGCAGUUUCCAAAGGCUGUUGAAUAUCUCCAAAAUAUCGUGAAACUGGAUCCGACCAGCGGAGAAACAUGGGGCAGUUUGGGUCAUUGCUAUCUUAUGAUGGAUAACCUGCAAGAAGCAUACACUUCCUAUCAACAGGCGCUGUACCACCUGCGUGAUCCUAAGGAACCAAAACUGUGGUAUGGUAUUGGUAUCUUGUAUGAUCGCUAUGGCUCCCUUGACCAUGCCGAGGAAGCUUUCUCCCAGGUCAUGCGGAUGGCCCCGGACUUUGAGAAGGCAAAUGAAAUUUACUUCCGCCUGGGAAUCAUCUACAAACAACAGCAGAAGUUCACCCAGAGCUUAGAGUGCUUCAAGUAUAUCGUGACCGAUCCCCCCCGGCCCUUGACUGAAGAGGACAUCUGGUUCCAGAUUGGUCAUGUUCAUGAACAACAGAAGGAUUUCGAGUCUGCACAAGCUGCCUACCGGCGAGUCCUGGAUCGAGACCCCAACCACGCAAAAGUACUGCAGCAACUCGGAUGGCUAUUCCAUCAACAGAGCAACAGCUACGCCAGUCAGGAAAAAGCAAUUGAGUAUCUCGAGAAGUCCGUCAGUGCUGAUAAUAGCGACGCCCAAAGCUGGUACCUUCUUGGACGCUGCUACAUGUCACAGGCCAAAUAUCCCAAGGCGUAUGAAGCCUACCAACAGGCAGUCUACCGCGAUGGCCGUAAUCCCACGUUCUGGUGCUCCAUUGGUGUACUCUACUACCAGAUCAAUCAGUACCGUGACGCACUUGAUGCGUACUCCCGUGCAAUCCGUCUGAACCCCUACAUCUCGGAAGUGUGGUAUGACUUGGGGACUCUGUAUGAAUCUUGUAAUAACCAAAUCGCUGAUGCCCUUGACGCAUACUCGCGUGCUGCUGAUCUGGAUCCCAACAACGUCCACAUCAAAGCGCGCCUGCAGCUUCUCCAAAGUCAGCUUGCAGGUUCAAGCCAGAACAACGCUCCGGCCCCUCAGCCCCAGGACAUCCACCCCCAGGCUUACCAAGCUCCAGGAGUUGGUGCGCCCCCAGCGCCGCAGUGGGGCACUCCGGCGCCUACCGGAGGCCCCCCUCCGCAAGCCCCUGCCCCUCCAAGGCAGGUAACGGACUGGAAUCGUGGUAUCAACGAGAUUCCAGCUCAACAUCAGCCGCAUGUACUGAACGGUCUUGACCAUCGUGAUGGCGGCCGGACGCUGGUGUCUGCCCAGCAGCCAAGCCCACGGCAGGAGCAAGUACGGGCUUUUCCUGAACCUGUUCGCGUGCCCCCAGCGCCUCGUUCGCCUAAGGCCGCUCUGACUGUUACGACUGCCAGCUACCCACCCUCUCACGCUAUGCCACAAUUGGCAAGCACGCAGGGUCCUCCCCUCGAUAGAAUCCCCGCCACCUCUGCUGCCUUUGCCUCUUCAGCCAGAGGUCCUCUGCCCGCUGCGCCCGUUUCGACUGCCGCCAGCGUCCCUAACGGUGUCCCAGUGACUGCUGCUGCAACUCUACCUCCUUACCAUCGCCCUUUCACGCCGCCGACUGAGAUUAGACCGAUCCGUGAUGAACGCGUGUCAUCUCCGGGCUCCACUUAUCCGCACCAGCAAUUCCAUCAUGGUCCAAGUGCACCUACCCCAGUGACCCACGCUGGCAUCGCUGGAGGUGCCCCUCCACCUGCCGCUGCGAUCACGGCUGCCGAAGCGGCUGCUCGGGAGCGUGAAGACCGCCCUACGCCCGCAAUGAAGCGUACCAGAGAAUGGGAGGCUGAGCCGGGUCCUUCAAAAAAGAUUGCCAAUGAAGAGAGCCGCGCUCGCCUUGAUGAGCGUCUCCCUCGCCGCGCAACCCCACCAGCUAAUGGACCAGCGUCCGGAGAGAUACCACGUCCUGGUGCCCCGGAAGCUCGACAUGAGGAGCAGGGCCGCGGAGGCGAGAACUAUCACCCAUCGGAGGCUGCACACCAUCCACCAACACUGCCAUCUAUCCAACAUAUGCCACCGCAUUCCUCCACCAGCCUUCCUCCGAUUGACAGUUCUAUUCCUACUUCCAAUGGUGUUGCUUCCGGACCACCAUCAGCUCACUCACAACCGAAGGAAGAACCUGUUCGUAGCGAGCAACAGCUUCUUCAUGAGCCAGCGGCGCGGAAGAUGGACGUGGAUGAAAACUAUGACGAUGAAGGCGACGAUGAGAAGAAGGCAGGCAUUGUGUCUAAAGGCAGCCCGCAUGGUAGUGGCACGGGCAAUACCACUGGUGGCGCUCAGGGUUCGCAGGCCAAAUCGGAGCCUGCAGUGUAGGAAUACGCCUUGUCAAUCGUUUCUUCUUUCUUUUUGUGUGCGCGUGCGUGUGUGUUUGUGUUUGGUAUAUAUUGAUUAGCGGGGUGGGUUUAGUGAAGGCUUCUACUUCAAUGUACGGAAGAAUGGGGGAGAUACCUGAGAACGGGCAGUAUAACCUGGACUGGCGAUUUGGCACAGGAUUGUAGGGCUGUGUUUAUUUUCUAUUUUAGCAAUAGAAGUAUUACCAGGUCUUCUUAUGUGAUGGUAGACGUGCAUUUUGCAGUCCUGCAUGGAGACGUUGAUGAUCAGGAAAUUGGACGCAUCACCUGAUAAGAUUGAGAUGAAAGGAGGGGCAGAUGGGGACCCUAAUGAGUAGCAGAAUAGAUUCAUGAAUAAUGCAGAUUCUAAGCUUGGUCUGCUCUUCGAAGGUUAAUUCUGAAC